AUGACAGCCGCAGAUGAUGGUCAAUAGUAGCAGUCAAUGGCAACAACGGCUAUCCCACCAAUGGUGCUGACAAUCACAUCCACUUCCAGUCCCGACAGCCAAUCACUGGACAACACGUGCGAUGACGAUUCAGACACUGAUAUCGAAAUCGUGGACACAAUACCGGCGAUGCUAGAAAUGCGGUACGGAUUGUGUAAUCACAUCCCUGUGCGACAGAAGCCGAGGGCACGGGUGAUGUCUGAACCGAUGGCUAUUGCAUUGAGCGCAAUACCAUUGAAACAACGGGACAGCUCUGCGGCCGUCCUCUUAGUGUCGGACACUUCGGCCGACAUUCCCGACGACCCAACACUUGAACUCGAUCUCCACGCGGCCCGCAGUCCACCCAAUAGGCACGCCGUCGUGUAG